GUGAAUUGAAGGAAGAGGUGAGGAAACAGACAGACCACCUCAUUUUGGCUCUCCCCUCCUAACAUCACAAACAACACAAAAUGUUCCCUCCCUCCCUCCACUGCUAUUAUAGUUUGAAUUGACUUUGAUGAAUGCUUAUACCCCGCAACGCAAAAGACCCAAAAUCCAAAAAAGCCUCUGAAUUGUGUUACUUCCGGAAUCGGAUCUGACCUGCUCUUGAAUCUGAAACCCAUAUUCUUAUUAAUUCUGUGAUCUGAUCUUUAAUCGUGUUCGUUGAUCAUCAUGACGGGGUUGAAAGCUGUGACCUUGACCCACGUCCGAUACCAGAGGGGGGAUCGACUGGGCCAUUGCCUGGCAUGGGUGUCCCUCAUUCCUGUCUUCGUCAGUCUCGGCGGCUUCGUCUCUCACUUCAUCUUCCGUCGCGAGCUCCAGGCUAUGUUCUUUGCUCUCGGACUCAUCCUCUCUCAAUUCCUCAAUGAAUUCAUAAAGACCUCCGUCCAGCAAUCCCGCCCUGACACUUGCGCUGCCCUCGAGAUGUGCGAUUCUCAUGGCUGGCCCUCUAGCCACUCCCAGUACAUGUUCUUCUUCGCUACCUACUUUACCCUUCUUACCUUAAAGGGCAUCGUCUCCCCAGUCCGCCCCCACUCUCUCUUUGUCCCUCUCCUCCCAUGGCCCUUCGCCUUCCUCACCAUGUACUCUAGGGUCUAUUUGGGCUACCACACUGUCGCUCAGGUUUUUGCUGGAGCCGGCCUUGGACUUGUUCUUGGGGCACUCUGGUUCACCUUUGUUAAUUCUCAUCUCUAUACCUACUUCCCUGCUAUCGAAGAGAGUGCUUUUGGCAAGUACUUCUACAUCAAGGAUUGUUCCCACAUCCCCAAUGUCCUCGAGUUUGAGUAUGACAAUUCCAGAGCUGCUCGCAAGAAUUCCUUAGGCAAGUCUAACUGACGCCUGCCCCCCAAUGAAAAUGACCAAUCAGUAUCAACUCUGAGAUGCUGCAUCUUUAAGUGGAGUGGAGUGGUGUCCCCAGGUGCCACUCUUAUAAGCUAGACAUGAAUCAGUAGGCAGGCAAGAGACAGAGAGACAGACAGGUGAUGAUGAUACUAUACUUAAAGAUGGCUUGUAACUGAUUUAUACUCACCAAGAAGACCAAGCAAUUGGUGAAGAGGGUAAGUACAUUCAUGUAUGAUGCAUCAAUCAAUGUAAUGACUGAUAGGGGGAUGUUCUUCAACUCUCAACUUUCCAUAUAACAAUGGUAUUUAUUAACUUUCAACUUGGAUGAUCUA